AUGGAAUAUCAUCAACGAAAUGGUGACGAUAAUUAUUCAACAUUGACAUUGAGUCAACCUGUCAAUUCUUUAUCGUCGACAUCAUCAGUUACAUCUAUAUUAGAUUCAACAUCAAAUACUACUGCACUUAUGAUAUCAAAACAGUCGAAUAUCAAUAUUGAUCGUUCAAUAAAUCGAACUCGAUCAUGGCGUAAACGAUAUUAUCAACAACAAAAACAAAUGGAACAUAGUAUUUCAUCACAUUCAACAGCAACACAUACAAGUGUAUCUCAUACUACUGCUACUACAACAAUAAUGGAACAAAUUGAAAAUCAAGAAAAAUCUUUACAAAAAUUUUCUAAAUUACAAAAACAAGAAGCUCGACCAUUAGGUACUUGUGUACGUAAAUGUGAACAAUGUCGACAACUUAAACAUAUUCUCUUAGCUGAAUGUACUAUAUGUUUUCGAAUGAUGGAUAUUGAUCUCAAGGAUUGUAAAUGUCAAAUGUUUACAAAUAAAAAUAUGUCUAAUUAUUUUACUUGUUCUAUAUGUAAUAAUGAAUUAACACUCGAAGGAUAUAUUAUUUGUGCUAAUCGAACAUGUCAAACAACAUUAUCGACAUUAUUAAAUAAAGAAAAUACAAUUGAAACUCUAUCAAAAUUAAUACCUUCUGCUAUUAUUACUGAUAUAUAUUAUCCUAAAUCAAUGUAUAGAACAGUUGCUAUACAAAUUAAUACAUUAGUCCAUCUACCACCACUUCAACGAUUUUUAUCAAUUCUAAAUGAUAAUGAAAAUGAAAUAUCAUUAUCAUCAUCGGAAUGUUUAGAUACAUUUCAUAUGAGUAUUGAUAGUAGUGUUGGUGCACCAUUAAAUAAUAUUGCAACUGCAUUCAAUUCAAAUCAACCAACAAAAUUAGCUAUUCAAUCUGAACACAAUUUAACAAAUAAUUUAGAAUUUGUCGAAACACCAAAAUUACCAAAAUGUUUAGCUAUAAUGAAUGCUCAUAAACGUCAUGAUCGUCUGUCAACAUUACUUACACUUCAAAAAAAUCAAAUAUGUCAAACAAAAUUAUCUUGUCUAAGAGAUAUUAAUGAAAUGAUUCAAUCCGAAGAUAUAUCCAAUGUAACUAUUAUACAGACUAAUAAUCCAACUAAAAUUGAACGUCAAAUUCAAGUUGAUACAAUUAAAGGACAUUUUGAUGAUUUAUGUCAGAUUCGUAUUGAAACAAUUGAUGAAAGAAUUUUACAUGCACUUAUCGAUGGAGAUGGACAACGAUGGUCCAAGUUUAUUGAACAAUUGAUCAAUGAACAAUCACAUUCUUCACUUAGUGAAAUAGCACAACAAUUACUUGAUACUGUUGAACGUUUACAUACUACUCAAAAAUUAAAUAGUUUAACAACAGGUCAAUUACAACGAAAAAUUCGUUAUGCAAUGUCUUAUUUUAAAUCUUUGGAUGAACGUUUAUAUUCACAAAAUAAUCUUAAAACAACAAGAAACAAUCGUUCAUCAGUUUUAAAAUCAAAACAGAAUACUGUAUGUAAUGGUAGAGUGGAUAUGGCAGUAACAGUAAGACAAAUUGAUAAACGUCAUAAUCAACAAUCUGAAAUAUCAUCGGAACAAAAUUGGAAACAAUAUGUUGAUCGUUUAUUUGAUCAAGGAUAUUCCGCGAAUGAAAUUCAACAGUUAUUACAUGAUGCAGCUAAAUCAACUACUCAAUGUGAUAAUCAACGUUUACAAGAUGUUUUUAAUUAUAUUCAUACGAAAGCAAAACAACAAAGAAAAGUAAAAACAACAUCCUCAGGUAUUGAAUUUAUUUCAACUUUAACACAAACAAAACCAGAGAUACAUCAAGAAUUUCAAUCGACUAACUUGUUUCAAAGAACUAAAACAAAGGGUAGUCAUGAUAGAAUAUUAACAGAUAAACAAAAAAUAUCGAAUGAAUCUUCACCUAUCGUUAAUGAUAAAGAUCAAAGUUCUAUUAAAAAGAGAAAAUUCAGUUCUCCAAUGACAUUACUGAACAGUAGUUUAAUUGAACCAGAUAUUAUUCAAGUGGAAUUAUCUAAGAAUACAUCCAUUAUUGAUUUGACAAUCAAUGAGAAAGAACAUAGAGAUACAAGUGUAACCAAUACGGAACAAACUACACAAAAAGAAAAAAAUCAUGAUCAAGAAUUCGAUAGUGAAAAUAUUACCAACCCUUUUAUACAACGAACAAGUCAGAUUGAAGAACUAGACAGAUCUCAAAUAUCCAUAACUAAUGAAACAACUAGCUUUCAUAGUGUGAAAAAUUCUUCAACUAUUGCCAUAUCUACAUCAGAUCAAUCAGAUGAUAUUCCUUUGACAAGUCUAGUAGAGAAAUACGAUUAUGCAUUGCAUGACGUUCAAGAUACUCUUAAUAUUGAUAUUCAAUCCAAAAUAAAUCAUUUAAUUCAGAUUUUUGAAUCAAAUAUUAUUCAUCAUGAUAGUCUUGAACUUUUGAUGAAACAAUACACUGGACUUUUGGGUAAUGAAAAGGAAGCUAUUGUAUUACAACUAGAAAAAAAUCAUUAUGAAGAAUUAGACAAAGAAAUAUCUCAUACAUUAACUCAUUUACAAACAUAUGAACAAAUAAUUACACCAUUCACAAUAAACAAAGAAGAUCCAUUAUUUAAUCGACAUAUCUCAAAUAAUGUUGCCCUUAUUUCCGAUGUUCCAAUUUUACCACAAAAAAUUGAAGAAAACAUUCAACAGUCUAUAGAAUCAUCACAGUCAACUCUUGAUUUAGAACAACAAACUAUCGUAUCAGAAUAUCAAGAAACAGCUAGUCUUAUUCGAUGCCAUCCUAUACCAUACACAUCCUUAAACGAACAAAUUUCAAGUGAAACAUUCAAACAAGUACUUAUCAAGUCGAGAGAACAGAUUCCACUAGAGACAAACGAUCUGGAUAAAGACUUCAUAAUCACAACUAAGAAUGAUUUUAAUACUAUAUCGAACAUAUCUUCAAAAACAGAAAACGAUUUACAUGAUGAUCAAGUACCAACGAAAUGGUUGAAUGCACUGUUUUCAAAAAUAUCUGAUAAUGCCAGUAGUACAACCAAUAUUGUUCCAACAUUAUCAUCUUUAUUGGUUAGUGAUCGAAUCAAGAUUGAUACGAAUGAUAAACAAAGCAUACUAUAUCAUGCAGAUAUUAUCUUAAUAAAAGAAGAACAUACUCUCUCAAUGAUUGUUCCAGAAUACGGUUCCUCUAAACUUCAUGAACAAUUUGAACCAACUGAAAUAAAAAUUAUAGAAAUGACGACAACAGAAAUACCCUCGAAACAAAUUCUAAAUUUAGAAGAUCAGUUACCACCGUUUUAUGAAAAGAAAAGUAAUGAUAAUAUUUUCAACGAAGAACAACAAUCUACUUCUUUUGCUAUUAUUAUUGAUGAACCACAAUUGCUAGUCACUGAAUCUAUAACUCAUUCAGAUAUGGAAUUAUCAAAUCAAAUACAUCAAGAUACUCAAUCGUUGCAAAGUCUAUUUGUUGAUAGUGAAAGUGAUAAAAAAAUAUCACCUAUUUUAGCUAUUGAAGAUACAAUGGUAAAUUCAUCAUUGUCCAUCGAUGAGAAUGAUAAUCAAGAUUUAAUAGAAACAAAUGAAUCUAGUACAUAUAUUAACUAUGCACCUCAUUCUUCUUACGUCGACACAUCAAUGUUUAGUAAACAUCCAUUUCGAGCUACUUCAAUAAUAUUCAAACACGAUAAUAGAAUUAAUCGAUCUCAACUACCAGUUUUAACACAAUAUUUUAACGUACCCGAUAUAAUACAAUCUAAUUCUCUGUUAACUCAUUUACGUGAUCAAACUGAUAGUAUUUCAUUUAAAGAAUCAAUUCUCAAUGAUAAUUCUACGUCAGAUUUAAAAGAACACUUACCAAUCGAUUUUGAAGAUCAAAACAACGUAACGAAUUUAUUACAUUAUGAUAAAGAUAAAAAACUAUCGAAUGAAACAAUCAAUAAUACAAUUUCAGAUGAAUUUCAAAUGACUAUUAUUUUAGCAUUGAAUCAUCAUAUUACACAACAAUCAACAAAUACAAUGCUUUCUCCAUCACAAACUCCGAAAAGUGAAAAUAUCAAAUACAAAAAAUUAGAUACACCAUUACCUUCUUCUCUAGAACCAUCUUCAUUUCCAUCAAAUCUGAUAUCGAAAGAAAAUGAGUUAGUAGUCGAACAUGACAAUAUUCCAAAUUUGCUCGAUAAAGAAUCAUCUAGUAACAAAUCAGUAACACCAUUGGUGAAAACAACUUCAAUAGAUACAGACGAGAGAUCUCAGAAAUCUAUAACCGAUGCACAUGCACUUUCAGUUGAUGAUAUUCAUAAAGAAGACUUAACGAACAAGUUAAUUCGUAGUAAUGAUGAUUUGCAAAAUGAACAUAUUGUCUCUAAGAAGCCAUCAAAAGAAUCAGUUUCAUUCAAUGAUACAAAUCAUGUAUCAUCAUCAUUCUCAAAAAGUACAGAAAACUUCAGUAUUGAUAAAACAGAUAAUCAACAUUCGAAGAUUAAAUUAACAAUUAAUAAAACAUUUUCUCGACCAAAAAUAGAUAUUGAAGAUAUUCGAAGUCCACCUAUCACAACAUCGCAUUCUUCUUUUACAUCAACUACUUCUAUUACUAAUCCUGACAUGAAAUUGAGGCAGACUCAAAUGAUUCCUGAAAAUACAGAAAAAUCUUCUUCAGAUGAAAAUAGUGUUGAAUCCGAACGCGUGAAUAGUAGAGAUAACAGUUCAAAAGAAGCACCAAACAUUCAAUCAUCAUCUCAAUUCGAGCAAAGGUUUACAAUUAGUGAAAUUCAUUUAAAAAUGUAUAAUCUUAUUUUAUUUUACAGUCUUCGUGACAAAGAUUAUCAAUUGGAAAAGAUAAAAUCUUUAACAAAUGAAAAUUCAAGUCAACAGUUGUUACCAUCUAUCUAUACAAUGGACAAUCAUAGCGAUAUGAACGAUAUUAAACAUGAAGAAAAAAAUCAAGACCAAUUACAUCAUCAUGAAUCUAAACGAGUCGAUUCACUUUCUUCAACAAAGAAACGAUCAAUAAUGUCAACUACGAUUACUACAUUACCAUCAUCUACAAUCAAUGAUAAUAUACAAGAUCAGAAUUCAAAAUUCUAUGUUUCUUCUUUAGAAAAUAAAAACGAUAUAUCAAUAUCAAAUUAUAUAUUACCUACGUCAGCAAAAGAAACUCAAGGAUUGAAUAAUAUAUCUUCAGUCAAUCUUAUUCACAUGAAUAAUUUGAUCUCUGACAAAUUCGAUGAUUCACAGAAACAUCCAUUAUCUUUGAGUAAUUCAUUAGUUCGUAAUCAUACAUCUUCACCAUCAACAAGAAAGCUCUUAUCAAAACGUUCUUCACUCAAACAAACUUCAAAUACUGUUCAGCCAAUAAGACCAAAUACAAUAUUAUCUAUAACAGACGUAAGCACAUCUUCAAGUAAUACAACUACUACCAAUCAUUUACCAAGUACACAAUCAACAUUCAGUGAUCAGAAAGAAAUUAUACCAAUACAAAACACAAAUAAGAAAAAUUACUCUAAAGAUGAAAUUAAAGAAACAUCAGAUUCUAUUACUAAACGUAAAAUAUUAAGAAAAACAUCGCGAUCAAUACAAAAUCAAUCAUAUACAUAUUCAAAAUCAAAAGAAAAAGAUAUCGAAAAAACAAAGAAGAAAUUUACAAAUAAUAAUUUGCUAACAAAUUCCGAUCUUACAUAUGAUAGUGAACAAGGAUCUGAUGCAUGGAUGCCAAGUCAAGAGGAUAUUAGUCAAAUUCUUAUAAUUGAUGAACAAGAUGAAAAAAAUUCACAAAUUCAUAAACUAUAUAUGAAAAAACAAAAUAAAAAUCGAAUGAUUACUGAAUCACAAUUAAUGCCAUUUAAUUUAAAAGCACGUGGUGAUCAUCAAGCUUAUACUAUAGAUUCUUCGAAAUUACCAAGUAUAGAACAAUCAUGUGGUGAACAUCAAAUGAAAAAAUUAUCAAAUGAUCCUUUUCGUCGACCUAUGAUUCGUCUUCCAGUAACACAAAUUGAAAAAUUUGAAUGUGGAACUAUUGGACCUCAUCAUCAUUCAUCUUCAAUUGCUCGUCAAUUAUUUUAUUUACCAUCGAUUCAUGUUCGUCAUCAAUCAUCUUCUCAAUUGUAUCAAACAAAUGAAUCACUUACUCAUCGUUUUUAUCGUCUUAUGUCAUCAGAAAAAAAUGAUGAUAAACAAGCAUUUGAAUCAAUAAUCAAUUGGCAACAACAACAACAACAUCACAUAUCUAAAACUGAACAAAAUAAAUACCAAUAUAUGUAUUUAUUAGAUCCGUCAAUAGGAAAUAGAGUACGUGGUAGACAAUAUCCAAUAUUAACUGAUGAAAUUGAUUUAAUUGAUGAUCCAAAUGCAUGUACUAUUGUAAAUAAAUGGGCUUUUGCUGAUUUAGUCAAUAAUGAACGAGAAAAAUAUCGACAAACAUCAUUAGAUACUAUUAAAAAAUCUUCAAAACGAUUAGAUUCAAAUAAAAAUAUUCAAAUAUAUUUACGAAAACGUCCAUUGACACAAUUUGAACAGAAUGUAUUUAAAGAAGUUGAUAUUAUAAGUAUUAUUGAUUCUCAAACAAUGCUCCUUCAUAUACCAUCGAUAACUGUUGAUAAUCAAGUAUUUAUUAAAAAUCGAAUAUUUAAAUGUGAUCAAACAUUUGAUGAAUAUUGUCAAAUAAAUUCUAUUUAUCAUUCAACUCUUUCUCCAUUACUCGAUAAAGCACUUGAUAAUAGCAAAUGUUUAUGUCUAAUUGGUGGUGGAAAAUAUUCGGGUAAAACAUCACUUCUUCGUUCUUUAAUUGAUUUAUUUGGAUUUGAUUUAAUUCAUCUUUUAUCAACCUAUGAUAUUUAUAUAAAAUUACUUGGUAUAUGUCAUAAUCGAAUUGUUGAUCUUUUACAAAAUUAUUCUCCAAUACGUUUAUUAAAAUCAAUGAAUUGGACAUUAAUACCCAAUGAUGAAUUUCAUGUUAAAACUGAUCAUGAUAUUGAUUAUAUUGUAUGUCAAAUAAAAAAACGUCGUCGUUUUAUUCAUCAAUUGAUACAAAUUAAUUUUUAUCAAAAAGAUCAAUCGAUUAUUGUAGGUUCUUUAAUGAUUGUUAUAUUAGCAUCAUCUCAAUAUAUUUAUUCACGAAAUUUAUGUUCAUAUAGAAGAAGAUUUUUAAUUAAUUCAUUAAAUAAAACUAUAUUAUCAUUGAAAAGAGCAUUAUUAGGUAUUCGACAAAAUCCAGAUCGAAUUCGGACAGCAUUUAAUAAUGAUAUUUUAACUCGAUUAAUUCAACCAUAUAUAUUUCAUGAACGAUCAAAUAUUUAUUAUAUUGGAACAAUUAAUCCAGGUCAUCGACAUCGUAUUGCAACAAAAUCAACACUUGAAUUUGCUCGAAAUCUUCGUUUUUGUUUAAAACGUAUUAAUAAACGACGUCAAAAACAAGCAAAAUUAUCUCACAUUAUUAGUAAUGAUAAUGAUGAUAAAUUUUAG